AUGAAUGCUAUUGACCUAUUUUUACCCAGAGAUUGCACAUUUCUCUGUGUACAAUGGAAUCAUUUUCUGAUUGAAUUGGCAAAUUUAACUUUUCAAAUAUUUCCGCAUUCAUUGCAUAAAAAUUGGAUUGUAUAUGGAGAAAUGCCAAAAGAUUUAAAGUUACGGAUGAAAGACAGAACAGUUAUUGGAUGGAGGUUGAAAUGUGAGUUUCAAUCUACAGUGAAAUCUCAUUAA